AUGUCUAUUCUACGGGACGUGGAUUCGUCAGCACAAGCUAUUAAUGUCACCUACUCUCACUCUAGAAAAAUUUCUCUGGAUCCAGCAUCCAUCCCUCAUGAUUUUACUUACGUAACAGCAAUUGGUACGAUUGCUAGUAAACCGAACAUUACAGAAACGACUGUUUCGUUCGAC